AUGGGAACUAGCUCUGAACGUGCAUCUGCUAGUGUAGCAUAUUAUACACGAGGAGAUUAUAUUCCUGGUAUCUGGGUGGACGGCAUGGAUAUUUUGGCUGUCAGAGAAGCUGCUCGUUUUGCCAUAGAUCAUUGUACUAGUGGUAAAGGACCACUAGUUUUGGAAACAGCAACUUACCGAUACUCUGGACACUCUAUGUCUGACCCAGGAACAUCUUAUAGAACUCGUGAUGAAAUUCAAGAAGUGCGACAAACAAGGGAUCCAAUAACAUCUUUCAAAGAAAAAAUCAUAGGAGCUAAUUUAGUUAAUAUUGAUGAAUUAAAGUUAAUUGAUAAAGAAAUUAAAGCUCAAAUUGACGAUGCUGUGAAGAGAGCAAAAGCAGAUACGGAAAUUCCAUUGUCUGAACUUGCAGGUGUGUUAUUCAAAACCACUUGA